CUCGUGCUCUGUGUCCGGGUUGUGGCGUGAAUCGCAAAUCUUUGGACUUUUGAAGUUAAUUCAAACAAAAAGAAGUUAGUUUUAACACCAAUCCCAGUGUGUACAGAAGUCCUCUUGUGGUUUUCAAACAAAGUAUAGACGAUACAAUGAAAAAUUAUAGUAAUUCAACUCCAUUCUGCUCUAAUUUCCCUAUUUAGUCAAAUUCAACCUGAUUGGGGGGAAAAAAAAACUGUUUUCGGAGAUACUGUCUUGAUCAACAAAUGAAUGCAUUCAUGCUUCACGUGUGGAGGCACUGGUCCUGACUGAGUCCUACCCAUGAUGCAGUCAGUGGAGAUGAAGUUACACACCCACACAAAGACGUCUCACAUCAAGUGGGCGUGGACGCAGAACAGGUAAAGGGAGAUGCCAGACAGGGGAAGACACCAUCAGAGGAGUGAUGUGUCCGCAGAGUACAAGAGCAGGGAUUACUCACACAGGGGACAGCACUCUCUGCACGAUACCCAGAGACGCAGCCAGAAGCCAGGAGGCGUGGAGGAGCGGUUCAGCAGUGACAGAAGAACCAAAGAGAACAGAAAGAGAGACGUGACAAGGGGUCAUAAGGGGUCAGCUGCAUACAUUGCUCAUGAAAGGCCCUCAACACUGCCCAGAGAAACAUCAGUGUAUAACCAUGAGGUUUAUCAACAACAGCACAGAGAAGCCAUGUACAAUUUAAGGUACACGCUGACCUCUAGAGGCAUCUGCCAGCUCAUGGAGAUCUCUGUGAAUCUCCUCAUCAUAAUCUGCGCCGGAGUGCCGUACAGCAACAACGGGGGCUACCGCGACCUGGCCAGCCUCGGAGGAAUUUACGCUUAUUACUUUGGAGGUGCCAGCGCCUUCACUGGCGCCGAUGCAGACAGAGUCAAGGAGCUGGACCGCCUCUUCCACCAGCUCAAGCGGCCUCCGUAUGUCUUUACAAUGGCCUGCGGUGGGAUUUUGAUGACGUACGCCUGUGUCAUGUUUGGCCUGGGGGUCUUCAGGGUCUCCCACCGCUGGCCCAUUGUGCUGCUUGUGGAGGCUGUUGUGAAUUUUCUGAUUGGCUUAGGUUACAUCGCUGGGUUAGCUUUCUACUUUAUUAAAAUACAGGAAACCUACCAAAACCCCAUCUGUCAGGAGAGGGAGCAGAUGUACAAGAGCAAAGGACACAAGGGCUUUGAGUGCAGCUUUAAUGGUGCAGACAUCGCAGGAGGAUUGUUUGGAGUGGCAGGGACUUUUGUUUUCGUCUUUGGUGGGGUGCUGGCAGUCAGAGCCUUCAGAUCAAUACGAGAGCAGAAGAAUGAAAGAACAAAUGAGGACAAUUAUUUUUAAACACGCUUUUCUUACUCGUAUUAGAGAAAAAAGUUUUAACAGAUUGGAAGGGAUUUCCAUUAAGUCUUUUUAUGUACUAAAUUUCUUUAUAUAAGUCGGAAUACUUUUUUUUUAGUCUUAAUGCUCUUUUUUUAUUUGUACUAUUUUUGUAAAUGUCAUAAUAAACAGCUAGAUGAGUGUACAUACAAUUUCAUUUUUUGGCAUGUAAAAAGAGAAAAUCAACUUGGGGUCAACCCUAACCCUAAACGGAUACAAUACUUUUUUAUAAUAUUAGGAUUGCUUCUCUUUUGACAUAAAACAACCUUUUUAAACUUAUCUUGAAAUCUUAACAAAGCAAAGAGCUACUCUGGUGGUUUGAAAAUAUUUACACAAGAAGUUUUAUGUGUAGUUUGGUUAAUUUGAUGCACAUUUACAAUAGUGAGUCUUUAAAUCUUUGCUAGACUGAAGGGUGAAGUUCUACGCUUCUCCAGUAGGUGGCAUGUACUUUAUGAAACUAAGCAAUAAAAACAUGCAGAAAUCUAAAACCUCAUUGCAUGUGGCUUGUAGAGACAAAAUCCUUUAACUUAAGCUGAUACAUUAGAUGUGUGAGGGUAAACUGUUAAACCAGUUUGUACAGCAAAUAUUUAUAUAUUAUAUAUAUAUAUAUAUAGUCUAAAAUGCUAUGUUUUGCUGAUAAACUCAAUUAUAUCAAUUAUAAAUUUAUAUAUAAACACAAGAAUACACAUGUACAAACCAUCCUGCCCUUUUAUUCCUUAUGUUUUAGACAGUUUAUAUUUGUCUUCAAGUAGACAUUUUUGACUGACUCGUGUGUACCGAGCAACUAAAAAUGAUCAUAAACAUGGUCAUCAAAAUGAAGCUGGACAAAACCAUUCACAGUAAAAAGUUUUAUUGCUACUUGGCUUAAAGUUAAUUGAAAAAAACAAAAAUCAUUAAAAACUGAAAAUAAUAAUAGCAGCAUCUGAAAUAAAAAAUGAUUAUCUUUUAUUUCACAGAAGGUUCAUAUGAGCAUAAGUCUCUGAAAAACAGCAAAAGUGCUCUUUGUUAGCUCCAUUCCUAAACAAUGUUAUUGUUUAUUACUCAACAUAAAUUUUUAGCAGCAAUCAGCAUGCUAGAAAAAAAUAUAUUGGAUAUGCUUCAUUUUAUACAAAUAAACCAUAUUUUGUAUAUACAUGUUUCUCAGUUGACUUGUGUUUAGCACAUGCUUCCAGUAUGAAAUACGGUUACAGUUAGUACCCUCAAUGGUGCCCUAACGAGUGACGGUUUUCUGAGGAAUCCCUAUAGUUUUCAAUUCUGUAGCAAGAGGGUGAUAGAAAUUUGCAUGAUACAAUGAAGUACAAAAAUAAACAUCAAGCUUCUUGGCAUCGAGAAAAAAAAAAAAAAUCUGCAAAAAGGAAA